CGCCGCUCUCCUCUCAACUUUCAAGCCAUGUCCUCUCGCAUUGUUGCAGAGAAUGCAUUAUCGACAACUAAUGCCACCACUCCCUAUUUCGACUUAAUGGAACUCGACCACCUCACGCGCCGCCCCCCCGCCAACGAUAUGCCCACUCUCGGACAGCUCCUCAAGCACGUCGGAGACGCGCGGAAAGAAGCUGCCGGAGACGGCAGCCAGACGCCGGUGCACCACGCGCUUGACGUCGCUGACUCCGCCGGAUUCGACCCGCGCUCCCUGCCAUUCGUCCUCUCCUUCACCAACCUCACCUACAGCGUCAAGGUUCGCCGGAAAAUGAGCCUCACCUCAAUCUUCCAGCGCCGAGGCAGCCGCCUCGGCGCUGCGGCCGUGGCUGAGGCGCCGGCUGUCGGGGAAAGCAUGUUCUCGCGGACGAAGACUCUGCUGAACGACAUAUCCGGCGAGGCGCGCGACGGCGAGAUCAUGGCGGUGCUCGGAGCCAGCGGUUCCGGGAAGUCAACUCUAAUCGAUGCGCUGGCAAACCGAAUCGCUAAGGGAAGACUGAAAGGCACGGUAGCGCUGAACGGCGAGGCACUGGAGUCGCGUCUUCUGAAGGUGAUUUCGGCGUACGUGAUGCAAGACGACCUCCUCUUUCCAAUGCUCACAGUAGAGGAGACACUGAUGUUCGCCGCGGAGUUCAGAUUACCUCGCACGCUCUCCAAGUCCAAGAAAAAGGCUCGCGUCCAGGCUCUAAUCGACCAGCUAGGUCUCCGCAACGCGGCCAAAACGGUAAUCGGCGACGAAGGCCACCGCGGAGUCUCCGGCGGUGAGCGGCGGAGAGUGUCGAUCGGCAUCGACAUAAUCCACGACCCUAUCCUUCUUUUCCUGGACGAGCCUACCUCCGGACUGGACUCGACGAGCGCGUUCAUGGUGGUGAAGGUUCUGCAGAGAAUCGCACAGAGCGGAAGCAUCGUCAUCAUGUCCAUCCACCAACCGAGCUACCGAAUCCUAGGGCUUCUCGACCGCAUGAUCUUCUUAUCGCGCGGCCAGACGGUUUACAGCGGUUCACCGAUGCAGUUACCGGUUUACUUCUCGGAGUUCGGUCACCCUAUUCCAGAUAGCGAUAACAGAACGGAGUUCGCGUUGGACCUGAUUCGCGAACUCGAAGGCUCCCCCGGAGGAACAAAGAGCUUGGUAGAGUUCAACAAGUCGUGGCAGAGCAUGACCAAGCACAAUCAAGCAGAAACGAUCGACGCUCAACCAAACGGCCUGUCGUUGAAAGAAGCAAUAAGCGCAAGCAUUUCGAGAGGAAAACUAGUGUCGGGAGCCACCAACACGAACGCGAACCCGUCGUCUAUGGUUCCAACGUUCGCGAACCCGUUUUGGAUGGAAAUGGCGACGCUGUCAAAACGGUCGUUCACAAAUUCGAGGAGAAUGCCGGAGUUGUUCGGAAUCAGGUUGGGCGCGGUGAUGGUGACGGGGUUCAUUCUGGCAACGAUGUUUUGGCAACUGGAUAACUCUCCAAAAGGAGUUCAAGAGAGGCUUGGCUUUUUCGCGUUUGCAAUGUCAACAACUUUCUACACAACCGCCGACGCGCUUCCCGUGUUCCUCCAAGAACGCUACAUUUUCAUGAGAGAAACUGCUUACAACGCGUAUCGCAGAUCAUCGUAUUUGGUAUCCCACGCUCUGGUGGCGUUGCCGUCGUUGGUGUUCCUCUCGCUGGCUUUCGCGGCGACAACAUUUUGGGCCGUGGGCCUGGACGGUGGAGUUUCGGGCUUCUUUUUUUAUUUCCUGAUUAUACUGGCCUCCUUCUGGGCCGGGAACUCGUUCGUGACGUUCCUUUCGGGUGUGGUGCCUCACGUGAUGUUGGGGUAUACGAUUGUGGUUGCGAUUCUGGCUUAUUUCUUGUUGUUCAGUGGGUUUUUCAUCAACAGGGAUAGAAUACCCAGUUACUGGAUUUGGUUCCAUUACUUGUCGCUCGUCAAGUAUCCCUACGAAGCUGUUUUGCAAAACGAGUUCGAUGACCCAGUGAAGUGCUUCGUGAGAGGGGUCCAGAUUUUCGAUAACACGCCUCUUGGGUCGGUGCCUGAGAGCAUGAAGUUGAAACUUUUGGAUAGCUUGAGCAACACGCUGGGAAUGAAGAUCACGAGCUCCACGUGUUUGACGACCGGUUCUGAUAUAUUGCAGCAGAAUGGGGUCACCGAUUUGAGCAAAUGGAAUUGUUUGUGGAUAACAGUGGCUUGGGGCUUCUUCUUCAGGUUUCUAUUCUACUUGUCCUUGUUGGUGGGUAGCAAGAACAAGAGGAGGUGAUCAUCAUCCAUCCAUGCUUCGUCUUUAAAAGAUGAAAAUACUUUGUUUCCAUUGUUAAUUACUACUGCUAUUAUUAUUAUUUUUCUCUAUUCUAUUUUUUCUGUUGUUGUCUGGCGCAGUGCUGGCAUUCUCGUAAAAAACAAAAGGAGAAAAUGUAAUCUUCGGUUCCCUAAUUACUUCAAUAUUUUGCCUUUCACAAACA